AUGUCGACCAGAAUCGCGAAACGCAAGCGUGCGAGGAAGGCAUGCAUCCCCUGCCAUCAGCGUAAGCGGAAAUGCGACACCGAAUAUCCGUGUGGCACAUGCACCACCUACGAAUACAACUGUAGGUACGUCGACGACGACACCACUGGUAUUGCGGGUGGCGACCUACACGCACUGCUCCAAGGUGAGCGCGUCGGCGUCGAGGGCGGCAGUAGUACGGCAAACCGUGCUGCCGCCGCUGCUACAUCGGACAGUCCAGACAGCUGGUCUCAUAUAGCGCAAGGUUCUCGCGGAGCUGAUGGCUCGACCACGAGGAGUCCCAAUGCUGUGGCCGGCGCGUCCACGGUCACCACCACGGCCACUGGUAUCUUCGACGAGCAGAAGUCAAGAUAUGCCGGGGCAUCGGCCGCCAUGGCAUUCCCGCACAUCCUGAGCGUAGCUCUCGGCUCUGACACCCCUCCCGAAAUGCACUCGUUUGCUUACAACUUUGGCAUCCGCCCCGAGGAGGCUUCUAACGCCCAUGGCUUGCUGGGGAAGCUCAUCUCGGAGGAAGACCUCGCCUUAUUCUCGGGUGUAUUCUUCUCAGUGAUGGCCCCUAUUGCAGACUAUUUAGACCCGAAAGUCUACGCCCAGCGAUGUCGUGAUUAUUACCAUGGCUCCGGUAGCAAUAUAGUCGCUUUUGGCGCAGUUGCCGCUGGUGCCGCUGCUCUUGGGUCGUUCCUAUCCCCCAACAAACACCCACGGGAGUCUGACCUGGUGCAAUAUGCCAAAUCCAUUCUCGAUGAUCCGGUCUCUUUGCGCCUGCUGGGCAUCGACCAUAUCAUCGCGUGGGCCCUGCGAGUGUUCUACCUACGGGCCACAACCCGCCCUGAUACUGCCUGGGUCGCGUCGUGCACCGCCAUGCACCUCUGCGAAGCGGUUGGAUUGCAUGAUGAAGAGAACAUCAAGAAGAUGGCCUCCGUUGCUGGACAUGAUGCGGACCGACUGAGGCGAAUUUUCUGGAUCUCAUGGGCCGGGCAUAACCUGCUAUCUUAUGAGUACGAUCGUUCCUCUGUGCGAUUUGGGACCGUAACUUGCCAGGCUAUUCUUCCGAUGUCAGGAUCCGUUGCAGACCAAUUCGUACAAAUAGCCCAAAUUAUUCCGGCGCCCAACUCGCCGUUUCAGCUCGGAUGUCAGCCUCCGACACCGCAGGAGGAGGUAUUCGAGCGUCUCAGGGCAUUGGAUAAACUCCAAUCUAGCCAUCCUUUCCUGGUAGUAACAAAAGCGGACAUCGCAUUUUGCUUUUAUCGGCGCAUUUACCACCUCAGGAUCGGUAUAUCGGACGAGAUUGUUAAGCUCCUCAUCCAUAGCGGCAACGCCGCAGUGGAGGCGGCGGAGCAGCUAGCUAAUCAGGGCCUUCUGUUCUGGAACGCCAUCGGUAGCGUCUUCCAGUAUGCCUGCAUUCUGUUGGCCAUCGACACGCCGGCAGCCUCCCCACACAUCGCUACUGCCUUCAAGGGCUUGGAAAACCUGGUCAAAACUGCUGACACAGGACUGACACGCAAAGCAUUAUCGAUGGCGCGACAACUACUCGCUCUCAGUAUGGCAAAGAAGCGAAAGGAGCUUGCCCAAUUAGAGGCUGUCGAGGCGAGCUAUCAAUCCUUACAGGCUCAGCCGGAGUCCGAGGUCAACCUCACCAUGCCAGAGAUGGGCUGGGGGGAGAAUUGGGACCAGUUCUUCAUUGAACCAUAUAUAUCGAUGCUCGGGCCUGACAUUCAUUUGUAUUAG